UAUUGUGUGACGAUUGUUUUCUCUCUCUCUUUACUGUUCUCUUACAUUUAAUCCCUUUUUAGAAAAGUAAUAAAUCACUAAUCACAUCACAAUGUCGUCUCCGGGUGAUUUUGGUAAUCCCUUGAAAAAAUUCAAAUUGGUUUUCUUGGGGGAACAAUCAGUUGGCAAAACAUCUUUGAUUACAAGAUUUAUGUACGAUACAUUUGAUAAUACUUAUCAGGCUACGAUUGGUAUUGAUUUCCUAUCUAAAACCAUGUACCUUGAGGAAAGAACAGUUCGCCUGCAAUUAUGGGAUACAGCAGGUCAAGAAAGAUUCCGAAGCCUUAUUCCAAGUUAUAUUAGAGACUCAACGGUCGCAGUUGUCGUUUAUGACAUAACAAAUGCCAACUCAUUCCAUCAAACCUCUAAAUGGAUCGAUGAUGUAAGAACUGAGAGAGGUAACGAUGUCAUCAUUAUGUUGGUCGGUAAUAAGACUGAUUUGCAGGAUAAAAGGCAAGUUUCCACUGAGGAAGGUGAAAAACGAGCCAAAGAAUUAAAUGUAAUGUUCAUCGAGACAAGCGCUAAAUCAGGUUAUAAUGUAAAACAACUUUUCAGAAGAGUUGCUGCAGCAUUACCUGGAAUGGAACAAACAUCUAAAGUUAAAGAAGAUAUUGUGGAAGUUGACCUAAAGGAUACUCCAAGUGAAACACCUAGGGAUGAAAAUAGCUGCUCCUGUUAAUAUUUUUAUUUAUCACUUUGCUAAAGCAACCAAAAGCACAUUCACUUUCCAAUCUAAAUUUAACAAUUAAACAUCCAACAUAAACCCAAUACCAUCAGUGAUUUAACAACACGGAUUUAAACUAAACUGUUUUUCAAAUCCAUUGGAAAUCUCAUAAAUAAUUCAUAGGAGAAACAAACAUUAACCCUUGAUGAUGCUUAAAAUGAAAGAAACAAAAAAGUCCUCAACAUGAUGAUCCGUCUUUUAUAUAUUUACACCUUCUGAUAUUCAUUGUAAAGUAAUAUAAUUCAAUCUUUGCUCCAUGGAAAAGGAUAACCAGGCAACUCUCUCCUAUCUCCAAUUCUUUUUGCAUCAACAAUAUUCGUCUUUUUUUCUUGGUACCGUUUUUUUUUAAAAAUCUAACAAUUUUUCGUUGAUUUUCACACUUUACUAUUCACAAUCAUCUUAGUUCUCACAUGAGCUCAUUUUUUACCUUUAAUUUACCAAUUACAUACCAAGUGGAUCCUACACUCAUAAACAGAAGGAAGAUGAAAUGAUGAAACGGAAAAAGAGGAUUGGCCAUUUUUUAAUGUAAAUCUUUGAAAAUUGGAGCAAAACAAACGGCAUGCAAAACAUUGGAUGAAAAGAAUAAUUUGUUUAUAAAGUUUUUUUUGUAAUUUUGUUUGGAAAAAAAAGAAACGAUCAACAUUCAAUAAUCAA